ACCUGUUGUUUGUCCCGUCCCCGUUUAUCAGCGCGGCGCCACAAGGAAGUGCGGCACGCACACGCGCUGGAAAGUUCAGCAUGCAGGAAGUUCGGAGCGGGCUCGGCGUGUAACCGGGCGGCGGGGCGAGCGCGCGGCGGCGGCGGGCCAGCAGCGGACCCGCGUGUUUUCCCGACAGCCACGCGGUCCCCAGGUCGCUCAUCCCAAAUGCACCGGCUCAUCCUCCUCUGCGCUCUGGUGUGCGCCAACUUCUGCAGCCAGCGGGACGCUGGGGCCACCGCGCAGAGCGCAUCCCUCAAGGCUCUGCGCAAGGCCAACCUCCAGCGAGACGAGGGCAAUCACCUCACAGACUUGUACCGAAGAGAUGAGACCAUCCAGGUGACAGGCAACGGCCAUGUGCAGAGCCCCCGCUUCCCCAGCAGCUACCCCAGGAACCUGCUUCUGACCUGGCGGCUCCACUCCCAGGAGAAAACCAGGAUACAGCUCACUUUUGACCAUCAGUUUGGAUUAGAGGAGGCAGAAAAUGAUAUCUGUAGGUAUGAUUUUGUGGAAGUUGAAGAUGUAUCAGAAACCAGUACAGUUGUUAGAGGCCGGUGGUGUGGACACAAAGAAGUUCCUCCAAGGAUCACAUCAAGGACAAACCAAAUUAAAAUAACAUUCAAGUCAGAUGACUACUUUGUGGCAAAACCUGGAUUCAAGAUUUAUUAUUCUUUUGUGAAAGAUUUCCAACCAGUAGCAGCCUCAGAGAACAACUGGGAAUCAGUCACAAGCCCUAUCUCAGGGGUAUCCUAUAACUCCCCAUCAGUAACGGACCCCAAUCUCACUGCGGAUGCUCUGGACAAAACAGUCGCACAGUUUGAUACUGUGGAAGAUGUGCUCAAGUACUUCAACCCAGAGUCGUGGCAAGAAGAUCUUGAGAACUUAUAUGUGGACCUUCCUCAAUAUCGAGGCAGGCUCUACUACGGCCGGAAGUCAAAAGUGGACCUGGACAGACUCAACGAUGACGUCAAGCGUUACAGCUGCACCCCCAGGAAUUACUCCGUCAACCUCAGAGAGGAGCUGAAGCUGUCCAGCGUGGUCUUCUUCCCACGCUGCCUGCUCGUGCAGCGCUGCGGAGGAAACUGUGGCUGUGGAACGGGCGCCAAUAACUGGAAAUCCUGCACAUGCAAUUCAGGGAAGACGGUGAAGAAGUAUCAUGAGGUUUUGAGGUUUGAGCCUGGCCUUUUCAAGAGGAGGGGCAGAGCUAAGAACAUGGCUCUGGUGGACAUCCAGUUGGAUCACCAUGAACGAUGUGAUUGCAUCUGCAGCUCAAGACCGCCUCGAUAAAAGAAACAACAUCCUUACGUUAAGCAUGGAAGAAACUUUAGUUUGAAGAGGAUGUGGUAAAGGGACCCCUUUUCCCCCAACAGCCAAACUUGCUAGCUGUCUGCAAUGCAAUGAAAUACAAGUGGUUGCCAAGGCAACCUAGCUUUGUUAGUGCCAUGGCAAGUAGAAAGGUGUAUUAAUGUCUGUAUCCAAGAAUAUAGCGUUGCAUUUAAUGAUAGUAUAUGAGGAUAUAUAAGUAUAUGCAAUACCACUAUAUAUCCAUGCCUGCGUGUAAAUAGAUCAAAUGGUUUAUUUAGUAUGUAUGACCAUAUAGUCGAAUUAUUUACAUCCUUGAUAAUUUGCCAAAAUAAGGGAUGUGUUAAAUACACCAAACUAAUCUUAAGGAAAUUCAGAAGGUAAAUUUUCAAACUGCAUUUUUGUUCUUGAUCUCUUAAAGAGAGUAUCUUGCACAUAAGGAAUCAAAAGAUGAGCUUUUCUUAUAUAUAUAUAUAUAUAUAUGCCUUAAUUAUAAGAAAGGAAAAGCAUGGUUUCUGGGAAAAGGUAAAUAUACAACCAUUUUUCCCAUAAGAUACACUACAUACCUACCAGCAUGGACCACAAUUGCCUGUCUCUAAAAUGGUGCCACAAUAACAUGAUAAGAGUUUUAAAGUCAUUUAAGUUUUCUUUCUAUGCAUCCUAAUUCAUUUAAUAGUCAUCUCUAAAAGAAACCUCAGAAGGUUCAUUAUUAUGAUCCAUCAAGAGAUGAUAUAUAAGUUGGAACAGAAUUGUGGAUGUUAGUUUUUGCUUUCCAAAAUUUUCUCCACAAAAGCAAAUCCUUUCAAGAAUGUCCUGGGGAUUAUGGAUAUAUCUUUUAAACUGAUAUUGAUUGCAAGUUUUGGACAGUAAAAAUAAAACAAAAAAUAAAGCAUUAAAAUAUCAACAUAACUGGAAAUUAGACGAGAUAUUUGGUAGAAUCCAUAUUUAAUAAUGGGUUUAAACUCUUCUAAACUGUGCUGGUAAUUUCAUGCAUUUUUGCCUUUGUGUUCCUGUCUCCUCUGUACGUACACAUGGACUUACAAUAGCAUUUUUUGUUGGCAAGCCACAAUGGAUUAUUUAUAGCCUGAAAGCUUCUGUGCAGUAAUAGAACCACCAAAUUUUAUUGAUGUAAAAUCCCUAAUCACAGACUCACUCACCAUUCAGAAUUCCUGUUUCUAAAGCAGGUGAAAUCAGAUCAGGGGGGCUCUUUUUCAAAUCUGUGGUGCUUUCAGCUCUCCAAGGUAGAAGCCCAAGCAAGACCCUGGUCUCCUGCUAGUAAACUGCUUUGCAUUAAUUAUUGAUAUUUAGAGGAAAUUUUCCUCUCUGGCUCCUUCAUGUCUAUUGUAAAGAGACUGAUUCCUGAAGUAGGAAGUGCUUCAUCAUUCUGUGUAGUAAGAAGCGUAAGGGGAAACACUGAAACCAACAGAGCCAGGAGCUUACUGAGAACUACAUUUUUGCCUUCUUUGUGAGUCCAGGAUUCUACUGACCACAACACGCUUGUUUGCCUGAUAUAUACACCUGGGCUGGUUAAAUCUUUGAUGUCCAGGUGAACGGCCCCCAAACCACUUAAAUGGCUAGGUUUGAUGUUCUCACCUCCAAAACUAACUAUACUUGAGUAGCUUAUUUCUUCUCAGCUCUUAGGGAUGAGAGACUUGUGUUUAUUGAUAUAGACCUUAUAAAGCUUCUCUAAAAGUGUCUGGUGAUUUUACUCAGGGCAUGAGUGUUCAAAUUAAAUACUCCAUUGUUUUAAUUCUCUAGAAUCACAGAGCACACUCAGAAAUAGCCCAGGCAGACACUAGUAAUCAGGAACCACUCUUCCCCUUCCUGGCCACUUGUAAGUUUCCUGUGAAAAUAUCAGUUUCCUGAACAUCCUCGUCACUCACUGGUUUGUACAGCUCACAUCACAGCUCUAACUAUGA